AUGGAGCUGCACCGUGAUAGCAAUUUGCUAUGUGUGGCGUGUGAUGACCAAAUACUUCGUUUGUUUGAUGUGACAACCCGCAAGCUCGUACGUCGUUUCUCCGGACAUUCGCAUCGUGUGACGGACAUGAAUUUCAGCUCCGAUGCUCGCUGGCUGUUCUCAUCGUCGGCUGACGCAUCACUGCGCGUGUGGGAUAUCCCGACGGGCAAGUGUGUUGACUGGAUGCGGUUCGAGAAACCUGUAACCGGUUUGGCUGUAGUCGCCUACAGCUUCUUCACAGAAGUGUAUUUAGAUUUAGAGCCUACCAGGCCCGUGCUUAUGGAUAUGCCUGUGGCGCUGAAUGAGGUGGACAAUAGCGACCUGCUUGGCUUUGGCACUGAACGUAAUCCUCAGGUAUCAGCGGCAAGUGCUGACGAGCUACGGCCUGAAAGUGUCGUGGAUGUAAAAAGGUGA